CGGCAGCUGAGCAUGCGUAGUAGAGAAAAGUCUUAUGAAACCGUCAGCCUUUGUAUCUUGUUAGGCAAGCCGAAGGCACAAGGCAAGAGUUCCGUUCAGACUGGGUUAGGAAACCUGGCACUAAACUAUAAAUUGUCAGAAAUUGAAGAAAUGCUACAUGCUCUGGGGAUGACAUAGGAAGACCCCUGCGGAACAUUUUAAAGUUGAUUAUGGCACCAAAUUCCAUCCACUGGUUCCGUAAAGGCCUCCGUCUCCAUGACAACCCGGCACUUCGGGAGGCUGUCCGUGGGGCGGGCACAGUGCGCUGCGUCUACUUCUUGGAUCCUUGGUUCGCCGGCUCCUCAAACCUAGGAGUCAACAGAUGGAGGUUCCUGCUGCAGUGCCUGGAGGACCUGGAUGCCAGCCUUCGCAAGCUCAACUCCCGGCUCUUCGUCAUCCGCGGACAGCCCGCCAACGUUUUCCCCCGCCUCUUCAAGGAGUGGAAGAUCUCGCGACUGACGUUCGAAUACGACUCCGAGCCCUUUGGGAAAGAGCGGGACGCCGCCAUCAGGAAACUCGCGAUGGAGGCCGGCGUGGAAGUCAUCGUGAAGACCUCGCACACGCUCUACGAUCUGGACAAGAUCAUCGAGCUGAACGGCGCGCAGCCGCCGCUGACCUACAAGCGCUUCCAGACGCUGGUCAGCCGCAUGGACCCGCCGGAGAUGCCGGUGGAGCCGCUGUCCGAGGCCUUCAUGGGCCGCUGCACCACGCCCGUGGGGGACGACCACGGCGACAAGUACGGGGUGCCCUCGCUGGAGGAGCUGGGGUUCGACACAGAAGGCCUGGCGUCUGCGGUGUGGCCAGGGGGUGAGACCGAGGCUCUGACCAGGAUAGAGAGACACCUGGAGAGAAAGGCGUGGGUGGCGAACUUCGAGAGGCCCAGAAUGAACGCCAACUCUCUGCUGGCGAGCCCCACGGGCCUGAGCCCCUACCUGCGAUUCGGCUGCCUGUCCUGCCGCCUCUUCUACUUCAAGCUCACGGACCUCUACCGCAAAGUGAAGAAGAACAGCUCUCCGCCCCUCUCCCUGUACGGCCAGCUGCUGUGGAGGGAGUUCUUCUACACGGCCGCCACCAACAACCCGCGCUUCGACAAGAUGGAGGGCAACCCCAUCUGCGUGCGCAUCCCCUGGGACUGGAACGCCGAGGCGCUGGCCAAGUGGGCCGAGGCCAAGACCGGCUUCCCCUGGAUCGACGCCAUCAUGACCCAGCUGCGGCAGGAGGGCUGGAUCCACCACCUGGCCCGGCACACCGUGGCCUGCUUCCUGACCAGGGGGGACCUGUGGAUCAGCUGGGAGGAGGGCAUGAAGGUGUUUGAGGAGCUGCUGCUGGACGCGGACUGGAGCGUGAACGCGGGCAGCUGGAUGUGGCUCUCCUGCAGCUCCUUCUUCCAGCAGUUCUUCCACUGCUACUGCCCCGUGGGCUUCGGCCGCCGCACCGACCCCAACGGAGACUUCAUCAGACGCUACCUGCCCGUUCUCCGAGGUUUCCCGGCCAAGUACAUCUACGACCCCUGGAACGCCCCGCACUCCGUGCAGACGGCCGCCAAGUGCAUCAUCGGCAUCCACUACCCCAAGCCCAUGGUGAACCACGCCGAGGCCAGCCGCCUGAACAUCGAGAGGAUGAAGCAGAUCUACCAGCAGCUGUCCCGCUACCGGGGGCUGGGCUUGCUGGCCUCGGUGCCUUCCAACCACAACGGGAACGGGAACGGAGGUGGGAGCGGCGGCGGAGGGAACGGCGCCAUGAUGGCGUACUCCCCCGGGGAGCAGCCGCAGGGGAACUCCGCGGCCCACGGCUACCAUACUGUGUCAGACCCAGGCCAAGCGAUCGCCAGUCACCGGCUUUACCAGGCCAGCAGUUCGCACGAGUUUGCGGUUCCCCAGCACCCAGGACGCCUGAGUCACGUGACGGGGAAGAGGGAGCGGGAGGCGGAGCGAGAGGCCGGAGGGGACAGCGACACACCCUCCUCCGCUCUCAAGGUGCAGAGGCCCAACAGCGAGAAGAGAGAACUCCAGGAUGUGAACUUGGCACCAUACUAAACAACUGAACAUCAAAAAAAAAAAAAUCAUACCCUGCAGAACAGAUCGAGGACAUCAGGCAGAUAUUCACAGUACUUUUAUCAUUACGCAUGAAAAACAGCUCCUUAAAUUUCUUGGUUUGAGCACCGAGAUAUUACAGUGUUUCAGCCUGCAAGAAGGGGGGGGGGUGGAUCUGAAAUCAAAACUUUUCUUAUUGAGAAUUGAAGACAAAGGCUGGAACAUCACAAUGUAAAUGUUAUGUAAUGGCUGAGCUUUCAGGACAACACCAGACCUCUGAGGACGGCCAGGUGACUGAUAAAAGCUGCCUCGUGCUUGCGUGUUGAUCUUAGUGAAACCAAGCACUUACCAACAUGUUCCUACUCUGAAAACCAGUAUCCCUUUUUACUAUGGAUUACACCAGUGCCGAUUCAAUAACUGGAAUAAUGCAAAACAUCUUCUGUUGAUUCGGCCUGUUGCAAGUACUGACGGGAUGGACUUUAUGAGGUGUGUCUUCUGCAACGGAGACAGAAGUCCUGAGUGACUGGUCGAAGUGUGUGAUUUACAGUUCGUGGCGGCUCCACGCGUGAUGUGGUUCGCGAAGCCAUCGCUCCUGAAGCGAGCCGUUGUGACGCCCUCUAUGUGUGCUGAAACAGAUGGAAGAAAUGCAGCAACUAAAAAUAAAAAAACAAGCAGCUUUUAGUUACGUGAACACGUUUAAAAAAGGCUAUCUCAGAGUAGAAGUGCUGAUCCAGGGUCAGCUUUACCCUUUAGCCCAUAGUGGAAAAGGUUAAGAUGUGUGGACAGAGGAAACUGGCCCCGGAUCAGCGCUUCUCUGAGAUGAUUUUGUGAAUGUGGACCCUGUUCAUUCGCAUACAUUUUUCCUGAGCCUCACUGCCAUUUCGUCCGGAUUUACAGAUGAGAUGGUCGUCAUGGCAAUACCAAACUUGGUACACUUGGGCUGUCAAGUGUCAAGUGGACAGAUCAGUCCUAAUUCUGUGAUCACCAGCACAACAAAAUUGCGGUGAAAUCAAUAACCACCCGAUAAGUCACAGUAUGUGACCUCGCAUUUUAACAGUCCAGGGGUCUUCCUGAGACAUUCUCACGGUCUUUCGAGGUUUCAUAUUUGCUUCCUGUGACUUCAUAAAACCUGUCUGACUUUUAGCGAUAAUUUGUGAUUCAGUGGGUCACAUUCCAGUGUGAACAUGUCCAACCUUGUGCACGGACACACAAUUUGUUUAUAGGAGAAUUACAAUCUUGCCGGAAUACAUAUAUUUUUUUAUUUACUGACUUUGUAGUAUAGUUGACGAUUACCCUUAUUGUUGGACUUCUACCUUUGAGAAAUAAGCCAGUUACAUUCAAGCUUCUAGCACAAUGCUAAAGCUUCAGUGCAACUGUGCCACCCAAAAGUUCACAGGCUUUCGAAGGAUGGGCUCAUUGGCCUACAUGCAUUUCACUGUAGAUAACAGAAAACCUCAGACGCUUUCGUGUCAUCAGUGCCCAUCCAGUAGAGCUUAGACAUGCAGUCCAGAACAAGUACAGUGUUGUAAGUCUUUUAGGUGUACUUGGUCUGCAGUGAAAGGCCAAGUGUUUACACCAAGUGGCGUCCAUCUUGGUGACAUCUUUGUUGUGAACCUUUCCGGACUCCUCAUAUUAGUGUGGAAUUGUUUUGUUUGGUUUGUUUUUUUCCCUCCUUGAGACUUUGGUAGCUAGUGAAUUCCAUAGCAAUGGAUGGUCAACAUUCCAGAGCAGAAAAAUGGGGGCAGCUAGGACACAACUCCGGAGUGGCGGAUCUUAACGGAAAACUGCCUCAAUGGCAAACAACGCCUCAGGGUAUUUUCCAAAUACAAAAAGCAGUCUCCCAGUCCAGGUGUUCUUCAGUGGCAGUUGUAUCUUGGUACAGAACAAAUCCACUGGGUACACUAUUUCAGCACAUCGUAGAUGGCUUAUGAGAAUGCUGCACUGGUGUGGGUCCUGCUUUUUAAUGGUCGGUUAUCUGUCCACAACUCUAAUCCAACCAAACCCAAACCUUUUGUUUUUAACAGCGUUUUUCAUUUCUUUAAAUCCAAUUAUAUAUUUUUUGUAUGUAUAUAUUAUAUACAAAAGUGUAUAUAAUUUGUCAUUUUUUUCUUACAAGCUCAAAAACUAUAAAUAUGUAUAUUUAAAGAGUUUUGUGUAAAAUACUUGUAUUACUUGCCUUUUCCUACCAACUGUACGUGCAGUUUCACUUCAUAUAUUGAUAAAGGUAUUUGUACUGAACUGUAUUGAACAUGUUUGUAUAUGUGAGAAUAUAUGCAUUAUGUACAUAUGUAUAUACACAAAUGUAGACAGUAGAAAUGCUUGAAAAAGCUGUUUUGUGGAACCUAUAAAGUGAUACAAAUAAAACAUCUACUUGUGACUGGAAUCAGCCAAAUACUCACGCGAGAAGUACACUAGAUGACAGGGCUGAGGGAAUGUGGGCAGGCUAGUCCAAGAUCUACUUUAUUUUUAGUAAAAACAAGUGGGUUAAAGAAGUUGAGUAAAGAGUAAAUGCCUUUUUGCCACCAGUAUAAGAACAGGAAUUUAAACCAUAGAUUAAAAAAAAAAAAAAAAACUUUGUGUGGAACCAUAAAUUUGGGAUUGUAUAUUUGAUUACAAUGAAUAUUUUUCUGUUCUAUAAUCGAUACAGCCCAUAUGGGGAAGCAGAGACUACGCAGGUCAUGUCUGGAUGUAGUGCUCUUUGGCUACAAUUUUUGGCAUUACAAUUUUCACCAGUGUUCUUUGACCACUACGCUGGAUGAGAAACUUUUUAGCCUGUACAGCACCACAUUAAUGAACACUCUGCUUCGUUACCUCAAAACACAGGAAGACUUUAUUUCUAAGAUCUGUGUAAAGACAACUGCACAAAAUUACUUUCAACAUUAACUGCCGGUUUUUUUUUUUUUUUAGGGGAAAGAUCAUAAAUUACUUCCACUGAAUUAAGAUGUGCACAAAUUAUUUACGCUUGAAUUGGAUCUUUGUGAAACAAAAAUUCUGAAACCAGGAAAUGUGUGCACCUGCAGUUUCCUCUCAGGGACAGAAAUCAGUUCAACUGUGAUCAUCAAUCAUUGGAGUACAAUUUGCCACAAUUAAGCUACGACUCGCAGGCAAUUAACCGAUCUUGGAAAACCAGAGGCGACCAGCAAAAUUUCCGAGGUGGUGUGGGAUAAGCCAUUUUGCUCCAUAACAUGUGCCACACGCAAAGAGAACAAAAGUAGUCCGCAUUAGGCUACUUGUAAUAUUUAGGCAUGUUCCUAGUAGUAAUAGUAAUGCCCUCUGAAUGCUAAUUGUGAAGAGAUGGCGAGAGCCUUCAUCCACGUGCGUACUGAGAUUCUGCACCAAAACAAUGUUUGGGCCAGGCUGGAAUGUGUGUACAAUGUAAAGAUGUAUUCAACUGUUGUUUCUGCAGCUGUACAUUGCCAUUGUCACUUCUUGUCUUCAGUCUGGUAACCUUUAUUUUAUUCCAUUAUUUCAGAAGAGAAAUGUCUAUACUUCCUGUCAACCCAAGUCUGUGAAUUGUCAUAGUACAAAAAUAAAAUGGUAGCGAACAUA